AUGGGAAACUGCGUAUUUAAAGGGUCGGACGCCGCCGCCGCCGCCAGGAAGUCGUCAUCAGCGGCGGCGGGGUUGGUGAAGGUGGUGACGCCUGGUGGCGGCGUGAUGGAGCUGCGCCCACCCGUGUCCGCGGAGACCCUGACGAUGGAGUUCCCGGGCCACGCUGUGUUCCCGAACGACGUGUCCCCGCCCCUCCUCCACCACGAGCACCUCUGCCCGGGGCAGUCCUACUACCUCCUCCCCCUGCACAGCCGGAAUCCGCCGCCGGCAGGCGGCGGCGCCGCGACGCCUCCGCCGUACAGGGUGUCGGUGGACGGGCGGGUGCAGGGAGGGGCGAGCACGCCGUCGUCGAGGAGGCAGUCGCCGGUAUCGGAAAGGAAGCUGAAGAGGCACGACAGCGGGGUGGGGACGUGGAAGGUGAGGCUGGCCAUCAAUUCCGACCAGCUGUCGGAGAUACUGUCGCAGGAGGCGAGGACGGAGGCGCUGAUUGAGAACGUGAGGAGCGUGGCUAAGUGUGCGGCGCGGAGCAAGGGCGUGGUACCCUACGACCAGCGCAGCUGGACCAGCGCACCCGACACGAAUUCUGCGGCGGCUGGUCGUGAUCUUGAGUGA